UUCAAGAUGGAGGAUAGACUUUGAAAACAAACUCAAACAUUUUUGCACAGAACUCAACGAUAUAUACAGAAUUCAUUGAUGAGUCAUGUCUGCUGCUACUGUAGGUAGUUUGAAACACAAGAUCACAGCUCAUAAUGGAGACGUAACUGGAGUAGCUUUUUCAAAUAAAACAUUCGCCACAUGUUCUGGUGACAAAACACUUAGACUAUGGUCCACCAUUGACUGGACUGAACUGCCAUUUUCACCAUUGUGUGAACACAAAUAUAUGGUACAUUGUGUCACAUUUUCACCAUUUGGGGGUCAGCUUGCAACUUCAUCAACUGAUGGGAGAGCUAUUGUAUGGGAUGCAAGAUCUGCAAAAAAGAUUGUGGAGUUUGAACAUUCUAGUCGUAGUAGCAUCAGAGUAUGUAGAUUCUCACCAGAUUCAACUCUACUAGCCACAGGCUGUGAUGAUGACACUGUCUGUUUAUGGGAUAUAGGAUUAAAGAAACUGAAAAGUCAAUUUGAAGGAGGCCAUGAAGCUGCUAUAGUGGCUCUGGGUUUCUCACCCUGUGGUAGUUACCUGUGUUCAGGCACUCCAGAUGGAGAUCUGAAGGUAUGGGAUGCCAAAUAUGGUCAUGGAAAGUUCCUUGCUGAGGAGAAAGAGGCUCAUGACUUGGGUGUAAAUUGCUGUGAAUUCUCACCCUCUUAUGGAUCAGCUGGAUGCCUAAGUCAAGUCUCUGUUGCAGCCCAGCUUCACUUCUUACUGGCCACUGGAGGACAUGAUAACACUGUUAAGCUGUGGGAUGUCAUCUCUGAUGUGGCAGGCAGCCCCAAUUUAACUGUUGCUCUAAGGGACACAUUGAUUGGACACUCGGAAAGCGUCAUGUGCCUCAACUUUUCACCAAAUGGAAAAAUACUAGCUUCUGGGUCAGGAGACAAGACAGUAAAACUUUGGAACCCACUAAAAGGUGAAGUUUUACACACCAUAUCUGGACAUGGUCGUUAUGUUAUGUGUUGUGCCUUCUCUACAGAUGGGGACCUCCUAGCCACUGGCUCUAAUGAUAAGACUGUAUGUCUGUGGAACAUUGUCUCUGAAGAGGAGUUGGCAAAUGCUCCAGGGUAUGAGGAAGAAGAAGAGGACCUUGUUAUUGUUAACCCUGACAGUCUUAAAGACUUCACAAAGUGGAAAGUAGAGGAUGUGUGUAAAUGGUUAGCUGAGAUCGGCCUCACUCAAUAUCAAGAGAACUUCAAGAAGAAUGCUAUAGAUGGCACUGAAUUGAAGACAUUAAAUGAUACAACACUGAACUCUGCUCUUGGAAUAGGUGCCUUAGGUCAUAGAAACAAAAUCUUGCGUUCGAUUCAACGUAUACUAGAACACCCAUAUGUGCAGCCUUUAGAACUUGAUGCUGGAGUGCCUGAUGAAUACCUCUGUCCAAUUACUAGAGAAGUCAUGAGAGACCCAGUCAUAGCAUCAGAUGGUUAUACUUAUGAGAGAUCAGCCCUGGAAUCCUGGGUUAAGAGUGGGAAAUCACGGAGUCCCAUGACUAACGCCCCUCUAUUGUCAACGGACCUUACACCUAACAGAAGUCUGAAGAUGCUUAUUGCUAGGCACAGUCUAAAAUCCUGAAGCACUGUUUGUGAAAUAUCACAAUCAGAAUUUAAAUGUGCAGUACUAACUUUCAUCAAUUAGACCCUGCUGCGAAUUAGUGCAAUCCAAACUUGUAAGACAGUGACAUGAACGUUCAUGAUGGAUGCAUGAUGGA